GAAAGAGAGCUGGGUGGGAGGAGAUGUCCCCUUUAAACCAAAAGGUCACUGCCUGCACAAAAGUCUUUUCCCCAAUGUGUGUUACUAGUACAAGUCACAGUGAUGAAUCUAUAAAACUAUGUUCUAGCUGUGCAAGCAGAGAAAUUGUUACUGAUUAGGACGAUGAUGGCAGAUAUUACCCAACUUAAAAAGUACUGAAAGAACAAAAAGCUACCAAAUGGUGUGAAAGAUGCAAAUCUUGCGUUCCUUUUUAUUGCUCUCAUAUGCAAAGCAGUCAUUAAAUUUUGAGGUCUGAGUUAAAACAAAACUCUAAUCCUGAAAACUGGUUAUUCUUCACCAAGCCACUGCAAAUGUCUAGUUUUUAUUUAACAACCAACUUAAUGUACAAUUAUUUUUUUUGUUGUUCAGCUUAACAGCACCUACAAAACUUUGUAUAGUAAAACCACUUAAAAAUAUUUGAGACCCAGUUACAGUAAAUUAGCUUUGUUUCUUAAAACCUUUCAAACCCACACGAGUUGGCUACAUUUUUUUAUGCCUCAUUUAACAUCCCUUUGGGAUCAAAGUAUCUUUGAAUUUGAAUUAUGGGCAGAUACUUGUUUUGCAUAAGGGUCGAUAUGACCUUUCAAAUGCAACUGCUGUUAACAUAUAUGAUACCCACUGAAUUAUACAGAGACUGCAAUUCAUAUGGAGUAGAUUCACUAACCGUUUAUCGUAUCCAAAUAUUUUAACUAUACAUUCAAAGAUGCCAUGUGUUUUUAGCACAUUAUCAAGCUAUUGUAACAUUUCAUCAACAAUCAAAACUUUUCUAAAUUUGGAUUACAUCCGCAGGUGGCCACCGGCUCCCCAUGAAUGGGUACUGGUGAAAGGAAAUCCAGUCCGUUAACAAUAAAUGUAAACCACUUACCAUACAGGCAGCAACACUCAGGUAGCGUUGAAUGUACAUACCUUAUAGUACACCAUUAGGACCACGUGGGGGCGCUGUGUAAUUUCUCAACUCAGAUUUUAGAUUCGUUGGUUUGUGCCGCGAGUUUUUGUUUUGUCAGCCACUAAAAAGUUGAAUCAGUCAACAACCAGAUCAAACCAUGAGCUAACAAUACGCCUCAGCCAGUCAUAUUUCUGAUUUGUUCGGUUUUGGUUAUUUUUAAAAUUAUCUCGCAGCCGCUCAAAAAUGUCAGUAGACAAAGAGGAAACUCGUCAGAGGUUGAAGGCAGCGGUUCAUUAUACGGUGGGUCGUUUGUGUCAGAAGAUCGGAGAGGAACACCGGAGGGAGUUCAGCCGACAGACCAUAGCAGCCAUAGCCGAAACGACAUUCAGAGAGUGCGACAUCUUUGCCAAGGAUCUGGAAGCUUUUGCCAGACAUGCCAAAAGAAGCACAGUGUCUGCAGAGGAUGUAAAACUUCUAGCCCGCCGCAGUAGUGCUCUGUCCAACCACAUACAAAAUAAAAGUGAAGAACUGGCCCAGGAGCAGAGAGAGUCCAGAAAGAAGAGUACAGUGAAGAGGAAGAGCAGAGAGACCGAGGAGGAGAGCAGAGAAUGAGGACAAGACACACGGCAGCCUGCAGCGUCUGACUUUGUGCUCAACAUGCAUAGAAAAAUAAGAGCUUGACAAGAACAAACUGCUUUAAUGAACUUUACAGCACAAGACUGAUAUAAAGCUAAACUCGUCUCGGGAGGCGUUGAGUUGGCAUGAAGUGAUGAAUGAUGAGCAACAAAGUCUUAAAAAGAACUGUUCAUGUAACAUUUACUGCGUCCAAUAAAUCCUAUGUUCAUCUACCUGGUUUGGGUUGUUAGACAUGCCAUUAAAUCCUCUAAAAUACUGUUUGACGUAGCGACUAAAGCUUCAAGGCAGUUUGCCCCUUCAAUAUUUUGUCCUGACUGAUUCACACCCAAAAGUGUAUUAAAUGAUGGUUAAGCUUUUUAACAAUAAAACCCAGAAUAAAUAAAUAAAUGUAUAUUUUUUACGUUCACAAUCUCUGUAAUUUUGAUAUAAAAAUUCUGGAUUUGGGGCUGAAUUGUUAUUCCAAUACGCAAUUUUGAUCCGUGAUCAAAUAAAACACUAUGCAGGUAUUUAUAGAAAAUAACGUUUCCUUAAAAAAAAAAAAACACUAAAAACAACCCAAAAAGAACAAAACUGUUCACCAGUUGUUAAAGGCAGGUAUGAAGUUUCCCUAAGGAGAGUAGAAACUAAUGCAUGGUUAUUACUUUCUGUAGAUUCGAAGGUUUAAAAGCAACUGAAACUGCAGAAGAACUGGCAAAGGGGCGAAAAGGAAAGCACCCACAAUUAAAGUAAACCGACUGGCUUACAAUUUUCAUUUAAUCCAUGCAUAAAGCGCAAUAUUUAUAAAGCAAUAAAGUAGAGAUGCACUGAGAAACUGGCUAAUCUUAUUUUAUGAUGACCUGAAACCAACAUCUGAUCUUUCUUCUGAUUAGUAAAAGUACCAACAGGUCAAUGCAGAAAACUUCCCUCUGUGAGGAAGCUGUCACUAAGACUGUUGGAUAAUCUCAAUGUCGGGUUUUCUUUUUUUGUGGGGGGGGGAGGUUUCCAGAGCGAGUGAAGUUUUACCAUCCUUAUAGAAGGUGAAAAACACUUUCCACAGACAUGAUGGAGGGAGUGAAACUUCAGACAAUAUUCAGUGAGCAAAUGAACAACUUAGUCCAGUAACUUCAAACUCCAGUCCACAAGGGCCAAUGCCACACAACUUUUAGAUGCAUUCCCAUCUUAAAGAUUUAGGUCAUUAACAGGAUAACAAAGUUGAAUGAAUGCUGAGAAAGCAUUUCGGCCACUUGAAUCAGAUGUUAGAGGGAACGUCUAAAAGCUGCAGGACACCAGGGACAUGAAGACUGAGUUCUGACUUAAACAUAAACAAUCUAAUUUGGUUGGAUAUUUGAUUUGAAUGGAUUUUGCAAAAAAAAAAAUUAUAUAUAUAUAUUAUUACCUUUAUAUUUAACAAAGUCUUGCAAGGAAGCAAAUGAGGAAUGAGUUACAUUUUUUUAUAUUUGGAUUUUACAUCCAACAAUCUUUAAGUGAUGAAACUUCCUAAAUUUUGGCUUAAAAAUGAGCUCGAUAAUUUUCAAUAAUAUUUUCUGAAGGCCAAUUUUGUUUAUAGAGAAAAUUUUGUUUAUUUAUGGUUUUGGUUGUGUGCUUUUAAGUUCUGUUUCGUUUAUCGUUUUUCAUUAUUAGUUUGGAUAUUUAAAAUGUCUUUCAGUUUCAGUGUUUUUUGAAAAUUAAUAUUGUAUUUUUGAGAACAAUAAACUUUAACAUUUAUUGCAAUAACUACUAAUGCCAUUUAUCAUGCAGCAAAAUUUAUCAUUUAGGCUGCUUCUUUUAGGGGGUAACGAAAUCUCUUAGGAGAAACGGUUUAAUUUUCUUUACAUUCAGAAACUUGAAGACUGAUUUGUCAUUCUUAAAUGUAAAAGAAAGAUCCGAUUCUGAAAAAAAUCUAUAUUAGUAUCAGUAGGUCAGAGCUUAAUUGAUCGAAAUUCAGCAACUGCAUCUCACAUCGGUGCAUCUCUACAAACAAAGAAAUUGUCCAAAUGCAAUAUUAUUAAUAUUAUAUUUCCUUUAAAUCAUUUUAGGAGAAAACUAAUAAAAGCCAGAUAAGUGGGUGCAUGUUUGUUAAAAUAACUUACCACAAACCUUCAAAGUUGAUGGUUAUAAUAGGGAAUGUGCUCUAAAGAGCCAACAGAAGCAGCAAAAGAACAGGUACUACCCCAUGUCAUGUCUGAGAAGGCCACACACUGAAAGUGUUGGAACUUCCAUCUUCUUCCUUCAGGUCAGGGUUCAAACGGAGACCUCGACCAGCAGAGCCCAAGGUCCCUAGAUAUGUGAAUCGAAUUAGAUGCUUUGGAUUCCACAAACCGACUCAAGCAGUAUUCAGCUAAGUAACUAUUCAAAUGAACUUUAUUAGAGAACUCCCUUCAUUUGACAUGUUUUUCUUGUUAAAAACACCUCACAAACAACAAAGAGCUACCGGGCACCAUUGGACACACACGUCUCCACGUUCUCACAUCCUCACUCGCGGCCCCCCAGAGUCUUCAGCAGGUGUCAUCCACAUCAAGAACACACUUACAGAUCAGUUCAAUUAACAUGAAAGCACACACCAUACAGCAUUCAAAUCAGAUAAUAUAAGCAAUACAAAUAUUCAUCACAACAUUCCACUACAGGUUUUAUAUUUCUGCACUUAGACAUACUUAGAAGGAAGGAAAAAACUUGCAAAGAAAAAAAAAAAAGAAAAAGGGACAAAUCUUGAAGUACUAAUUAAAGAAUGUCCAUGUUAGGGGGAGGCGCUCGUCGCAUCCGCAGCUUCCACUCACACACUCAGAAAAGCAGUCAAAUUGGGCUCUACCACCGCACAACCAGUCCUUUCCACGCGUCUCUCUCCGUUCGCUCACUCAUAGCUUCACUCCUCGCCACAAGCCAUCCUCAAUCGCACUCAUCAGUUCUUAAAAUGUCAGUUGCGCAGUUCUCUCCUUUUUUUUUUUUUUUUGCUCUCUUAAAAAAGUGGAUAAAAGUGAAAACACCCACCGUCUUUUAGAACAUGCGGAGUGAGGCCGUUCUUUGAUGGCAUAGCAUUUACAGGUGGGAAGAGGGAGAAUGAUACGGGUAUCACCCCAAGAAUGCUGCCAAAGAGGAGCUUCGUCGCGGGGAAAUGGAAGAGAGGUGAACUGCAGAAGAGAUUUCAGUGAAGGCUUUUCCACAGAACUUGACUGCAAAUAAAGUUGCACUUAAAAAAAAAAAAAAAAAAAAAAAAAAGACAUUUAAGUUUCAACCAGAUUCUUUCCAAUGCAAGAUUGCCU